AUGCCGUCGCCAGAUUCCCUCACCUUUGACAACGACGAGUUCGUCGACGUUGUGUUUGGGAAGUCACCGAAGGGAGGACAUGAUCAUAAAGAUGGGUCUAAGAAAGCGCCGAAAGACAAGAGCUUCUACGAGCAUUCGGUGGAGACUGUGUCUGCGCCGUGGAGUUACCCUAUUGCUGCCAGCGCCGACGCUCUUCGCCGCCUGUACCCCAAGCAUUCGCUCCAAACAACCAGGGACUCUUCGCUCAAUAUCCUCUCACUUCCGGGAGUUGCAGUUGAGCCACUUGAGAAGACACCUCUUAUCACCAGCCUCUUCUUCGCUCCUCUCUCCAAGAGGCUCGCUGGUGUCCCUGGUGUCUUAAUCGACAAGGUCGAACUGGGCGGCUUUAACAUUUCCUGGCAGGGUCUUGACUUCAUUGUUUAUAUCAUCCAGGCCCCUAUCGGGUUCGGCGUGGUGACCCAAACUUACAUCCUUCACGAAGGGCCCGAGGACCGCAUCCGCAUUCUCCUUCUCAGCGCUGGCGCAUACAACCAUGAGCUCCACAACGAGAUCUGGGUCUAUGACCAAGGUUACUGGCAGAAGGACAGUGCCCUUUGGGCCGAGGUUCAGAAAGCCGACUGGAAAGACGUAAUCUUGAAAGAUGAGUUCAAGAAGGCCCUACACAAGGACGUGUAUGGCUUCUUCAAGUCCGAGAAGAUCUACAAGGAGCUUGCAAUCCCAUGGAAGCGCGGUCUCAUUUUCUACGGACCUCCAGGUAAUGGCAAGACCAUCAGUAUUAAGGCCAUCAUCAAGACGUGCGAUGAGCAAGGAUUCACUCCCCUCUACGUCAAGACGUUCACUAACUGGGCCGGAGAUGAACAGGCUAUGAACGAUGUCUUCAAUAAGGCUCGACAACUAGCUCCCUGCGUCAUCAUUCUGGAAGACCUGGACAGCUUGAUUACAGACCGAAACCGUUCCUUCUUCCUGAAUCAAGUCGAUGGUCUCUCAGGAAACGACGGAUUGCUCUUGAUUGGAACAACAAAUCACUUCGAUCGUCUCGACCCUGGUUUGAGCACUCGACCCAGUCGAUUUGACCGGAAAUACAAAUUCGAUGACCCUGACCUCGAAGAGCGCAAAUUAUACGUGCAGUAUUGGCAGAAGAAGCUCUCUGGAAAUGAGGAGAUUGAUUUCCCCGACAAGAUGGUCGAUGAAAUUGCAGAGAUCACUGAUAGAUUCAGCUUUGCUUACCUCAAGGAAGCCUUUGUCUCCACUCUCGUCACCCUGGCCGGAUGGGAAGGAGAGAAGCCUUCUUUCCGUUCGCUGCUCAAGCAAGAGAUUCACAAGUUGAGCAAGCAACUUGACAAGCAAGUCAUCGAGAAUUCAGAGAAUAGCGUUCAACAAUUCACUCCUAACACUGCUCCUACUCGGCCUCCACGACCUAGCUCGGCCACUGAGCGGGACAUCAGGGCUGUUCUCGACUCUCUUGCGGAGUCUACGCCUUCGAACAGGGUCUACCACACCGGGAACGGAACCUCUCGAAUCUUAGAGCAAGAACUCCGCAACACCCAGGACGUGAAUGCUCUCCUCCACGCACUGUCUGACCUCAGAACCUCUGAAGAGGCGGCUUCCUUCCGUCAUUACGAGACUCGAGGUUUCUCAGGGCGCCUCGCCGACGAAGACGACCCCAGCGCCUCUUGGAAUUACUCCUCCAAUGCGGAUGGAAGCCCUCGUAAUUUAAUGAAUCGCAUGUCGAGUACCCAGAGGGAGAGGGACAUGCGACUUGCUGGCCUCCAGAACAUGACCAUGAGGUCAAGCAACGCGUCUUCCUCCCGUCGUCAUUUCGAUCUCGGAGGAGGGCCUCGUUGGGAGGGCCUUGGCAGGCCUUCCCCUGCCACCGGCACUUUCCCUGUCCGAUACCAUCCCAGCCCCAACGAACCUUCCGCUUCUGAUCUUGCCUAAAUUUCUGUACUAUACUUAAGUUCGUCCCCCGUGUGUGUAUUUGUAGCUCUUGCCCAAGUUUGAUGCUCCAGAAUCUCCAUUUGUAGCGUGCUAGCCCCUGUUUACUGAAGUGCGGAUCUUAUCUUAUCAUCCGAACAAA